AUGGAUCGGCUGAGUAUUGUACUCGCCUUCCUGGUCGUACUCGUCAGCCUAGUCAGCACAACGGCGUUUGACUGGACAUUUUGGAAAUCCCACAAUGAUGAUGAAACACCUGCCUCGGUGGGAGGCGUCACUCAAUUACCUCCUCCGAUGACCGAUACACCUAAGUCAAACUCUCCCUCAGUUAAUGAGUUAGUACUUAAUGCCACGAAAACAGGUUCAUUUAUAGAUGUCUCUGCGAUCACGAUCAAGGCGAAGCUCGCAAAGGCCACGACUGCCGUCAGCGACGUCAAAUCGACAUACCGCAAUUGGGUCGGGCCUCGGCCAAUUUCCCCCGACGCCGCGUGCUACCGUGAGGUACAUAUCAUGGACACAUGUCCAACCAAUUAUAAUCGCAACGAGCUUACCAACACAUGUUGGGCUGAGUGCCCCAUUUCCUAUCCGGUCGAAUGUGGAUUUGAAUGUAUUCGUCAAAACGAUGGGUGCGGGAUGGAGCUACUUAACAAGGGAGGUGCAAUUGCUAACACCGUCCUAUCAAUCGCUUUAUUUGGUGCCGCAAAUAAGUUGUGGAUAAUAGCUAAGAGUGUGAUGCAGGCUAUGGAUUGCACGAAUAUGAUGAUUGGCACUAUGCGUUCUAUCAUUCGUUACGUGCGAAAUAUCCAGACUACCGAUCCGCAAGCUUCAAUUGAGAAGAUCCUUAAUAUCAUGUACCAGUCCCACAACGUUGUAACGGAUCUACCAAUGGCCUACUUCUUGUGCAUGGGUCUACCAUUGCCACGAAAACUUGAAAUAUCGGGGCGGCUCCUAUCGACAAUGAACUGGAUCCUCUUGAACGCCAUCGCGUACAAAGAUGAUAUUUUUUCCAGUUGGAGUAGAUUUCGAGCCUUUUUGAUCGGUGCCAACUUCACUGAAGCUGCCAACACGAUUAACUCCACGGAUAUUGGUACACUCAGUGAUGCUAUGAAGUCGCGAUCAACUUGUGGGUACGAUCUCCGUGCGAUGACUGACCGUACGUGGAAUACUGUAGCCCAACUACGCGCAGAUCACCCUGGUAUCUCAGAAAGUGAAUUGCGCUUAAAGAUGCAGAAUACACAGCUGAUGACAACGGAAAUCGCUGUUGUUACUAAUAAUUGCAUGGAACAGCUUAUUGAAGAGUCGGAUGAAGCGACAGCAUACAUGACGCGUGAGAGAAUUCGCACGGCAUUUAGUGGCAUGGUUAAUGAGCUCAUUUCGACAGGAAAAAGUAAAAAUGGGUCGACAGAGGAUGCAAAAGACGUCAUGUACUUUGCCUUUAGCAAGGUACUCAUCUCGCUCGCUGUGAUGGGUAUCGAUUUGAUUGGUGUCAUGGGUACUAUCGCAGCAUUUCAGCAAAAAGUCUGUGGUCCAACCAAUUUUAUAGGUGAGAUUGAUGACGGCUCAGACCCCAAGACACUUGGGCUCACGACAAUUGAGAGAGCAUUUAAAAAUAGUUCUAUGAUUUGGACACGUAAAGGCGAUGGUGCUGUUAUCGUCACCUUCGAGAGCGCAGACUCCAAGAACGUGUCAGUAAAUAUCAGGUCUGGUGGAGACAAGAUUGAUGAGCUUUUUAUUCAUGCAGGAAGUACUGUGCGAUGGGAAUCAACUGUCUCAGCUUUGGCCGGUAAAACGCUUUACUUUGAUCGUUGGCGUGCAGGAUUUCUUGGGAUACCUGGUACAGGCGGUGGUUCACUUCUUUUGUGGAUACCUCACGCAUCUGAAGGCGGUCAUUUAGAGGUCACAGCCAAGUUACAAGUGAGCUAA